AUGCCAGGAUACCUUGACUUCCUUCACGCUUUCGGUGCUCAAGAUACUUCUCGGGCUCAAUUCUUUGCAGGUUUCUACCAACAAACCAUGCUCCAGAGUGAUGCUCGGCUUCCGAGGAUGAUUGGUCACAGUUGGCGUCAGUAUCAACUGUGUUACAACCUCAGAGGAGUAACAUGCAUCGAGCGGCUCAACGGAAAGGCGACCGAAUGGUCUGUCCGGCAAGCCGCAGUCCAUCAUCAAUUCGAUGUUGUCAAUGGCACCGCGGUGUGGGUUCUUACCAAGGGUGGGCAGGAUCUACUUGAGAAGCUUGAUCAGUUUACCACAAGUUUGGCAGCACCAAAUUUCGACACCCCGCAAGCUUGCUUCGGGACAAGUCUAGAAGUACAUCGUAUGUUGUGUCACUGGGCAGCAGAUGGUUGGCGACAAUAUAUCGAUUGGCUGGAAGAUGGUCUUAAGUCAAAUACCUCCUUGGCUAUCUACGGCUCGCAGGAGUCGAAGCAUUCUCGUGAAACAUACGUGCCUAGAGAUUUACAGAAGAUUCAAUUAUGGAAAGAAAUGACAAGCCAGGCGGCAAUGCUCUUGACAUCGAACUCCAAUGUCAUGGAUGCUCUUCGAGCAUACUAUGUCAGGCUUUUGGACAACGAAGACUUUCCGCUGAGGACAGAAUGUCGGAAGAGCAUCCAGAACUUUGCCGUAUAUAUCGAAAGCAACACUGUCUGGGCGAAGAUGCAAGUAUGCCGAUUGAACCUCCUAGCUGAGGUCAUUGAUGGCAGGAAAGAUUUGGUUGCUCAACAUUUCCAGAAUCAGGUUGCAGAGAGGACCGAACAACUGAACCACAACCUCGAAAAAGAGGCAAUUGUCAUGCGCAUAAUCACCAUUGUUACUCUUGUCUACCUACCUGCAACAUUCGUUUCGACUUUCUUUAGCACCGAUGUCGUCCAUUACCAGGCUUCGGGUGACUCCGGAUCAGAGACGAGCUACUCGCACCUUGCCAUGAUGCGAUGGCUGCAGGUCACGCUUCCUUUGACUUUUGCGACCAUACUCGGUGCUUGGAUGGCGUUCAAGACCGCGACGAUCUCUCGCAAAAGUACGGAGAUGAAGAACAAUCUGAUCAAUCGCAAGAAUCAAGUGACGAGUUCAUCUAAGGACCUGGAGAAAGGGAAGACGUGA